CGCAGACUCUAGCCGGCACACACAUACCCACACACAUUGACAUAAGCUGGGCACAACAGUGCUGACACAGAAGACCAGGGAGAAAUAGUCUUUAACCCAUUUCUUCAACGUCACAUCGUGCUGCCUGAAUGUGACGCGACAACGCACCUGUUUGAGGUGGGCUGGCUGCAAUGAUGUCCAGGUCCACGAAAUCUGCCUCGAGGUCUCGGAGCCGCUCAAGGUCCCGGUCAAGAUCCCACUCCACCUCUCGCUCUAGAAGUCGCUCUAGAUCCCGGUCCAGGAAGCGUCACUACAGAUCUAGGUCUCGGUCAUGGUCAAGAUCUCAUUCUCCAUCUCAUAACCGGGAGAAGAAAUAUCAGAGGGGGUACCAGAACAGUCGUGAGUUCCGGGGCUACCACCGCGGCUUCCGGAGGCCGUACAACUUCAGGGGCAGAGGGCGGGGUUACUUCCCACGUGGGCGCUACCAGCGUGGCGGAGGGGGUGGUGGCUAUAACAACAACAACAACUUCCGGCCGAACUGGAAGAAUUACAAGCAGCACCCUCAAACACAGCAACAACAGCAACAGCAAAACCAUUCACGAGGACGAUCUCACAACCUCCAGAAACGCUCAGGAAGCCCCCCUCAUGGUCCCUCUCACCACUCUGACCGAUCCUCCUCUCCAUUAUCCAGACACUCACAACAUUCUCCCUCUUCCUCACACUCCUCCUCACCCAAAUGCAGGCCAGCCUCAUUGCUGACUAACCAAAACUCCAAAGAUGUGAAAGAGGAGCUCUCAGCCUCCAAGGAGGUCCAAAAAGGGGGUGGGGGAGAUGGGGAGCCAGUGGAGCUCGCCGGGGUGCUGGCAGGAGAUGGAAAAGAAGGUGCAGUCAGUGGGAAAACUGAGGGGAACUGUCAGGGCCCGACAGACUGCAACAGCAGUCAAAAGUCAACGAGUCCUCAGGCGAUCUCUGCUGUCAUUGUUGGUCAGAACAGCCAAACUACUAAUCAGUCUAGUCCCUCCCCUAAAUUCACAAACGACAUCAGCAAUGGUGCCCCCUCCUGGCCGAUGGGGGGUAGUUCAUCCACAACAAAAAAGCCCUCACAUGAAGGUCUAAAUCCAAUGCUUUCCAGCUUUGACUUCUUCUCCAACAAAGAAUACCUGGAUGGAGAUAAAACAGCAAUCUCCAUUGCCUUCGGAAAGUUUUUGGAGGAGCAAAAUAAAAAAGCUAAAGCUUGGGAAAAUGGCAAGAACCCAGAAGCAAAUGAUGUGGAUAUGGAAAAAGAGAAAGUAAAUGGUAAAGCAUCCGUCUCUGACUCAAUGUCAAGAAAAUACAAAGAGGACAUUGAUGGUGAAGUGUCUCUGAACAGCUUGUUGAAAGCUUCUCCUUUUCUGUCUGCUGAUGGGGAGGACGAGGAAAAGAUGAUAAUCAAGCGUUAUUCAAAGUCACUUCACAAAGACUGGAAUAAUGGGGAUGAGUCCUCUAAACCAAAGAGCAAGGUCACUCACUCAGCCCAGGAACUGUUUGAGGAAUGUUUUGGCAAAUGGCAGAAUAUGGCACAGGUAACCAACAGUGACCUUGACGCCAUGGUAGAGGACAUAUAUCCCAGUCAAAAGCAGGAUAAAGCAGCGGCCAUUGCUGCAGUCCUCGCCAAGAGGGAGUUAGCAGGAACAUUUGAGGAACUGCCCCCAGACAUGGUUGGUAAAGCCAAGAAGAUGGGAAAGUCUCCCCCUAUCCUAUCUCCUACACUAAAACCAAGGAGGAACUCUGACAGAGAGAUGUUUAUGAUCAGGGGAGAGGACUUGCCUUUCAUGUCCUCAAGAAAACAGGAAGCAAAAUUAAAUGUCAGAAUGGAUUUCCUUGGAGAUAGCCUAAUAAGCUCUUCUGAUAUUUUAGCUGAGGAGCGACAGUUGUCUCAGGAUCUUGUGCAGUCCUCAAAAAAGGAUCAGGAGUUCCGCUCUAUCUUUCAACAUGUUCCGAAUGCUCAGUUACAGAGGAGUCCCUCUGAGCUGUUUGCUCAACACAUUGUCACCAUUGUUCACCACAUUAAAGCUCAGCACUUCCCCUCCUCUGGAAUUACUUUAAACGAGCGAUUCACCAUGUACCAAAGACGAGCUGCAGAGAAGGAAAUGAUGAAGCCAAGAAAAAGCCCAGAGAUACACAGGAGAAUUGAUGUUUCACCAAGAGCUUUUAAGAAACACUCUCAACUUUUUGAGGCGAUGAAAAGCUCAGAGGAUGGCACUUACAAGGAGUGUGGAGAAAAAAUGAAGGGUGACCCAAUGGACCUUCGUCUGGAUAUUGAGCGCCGUAAAAAAUAUUCCACCCACGAAAGAGUUUAUAAUCAGGAUCGGGGAGGAGAUAUAGAAGAUUCCCCAGAUUCUAGUAGAGAGAGAUGUGUGGAAAAGUUCUCCAAAUGCCACGAGAAAUCAAAGAAAAGUAAGAAGAAGCGCUCUCGCUCAAGUUCGUCCUCAUCUUCCUCAUCCUCCAAGUCCCAAAAAGAAGAUUUGCCCCAUGGCAAGUCUGAUCCCAAAGAUAAAGGCUUUAACAGGACUCGACUGGAUCAAAGGGAGUCCCCAGAGUCAGUUGAAAGAGGAAGGCCACGUGGAGGAUUUCAAGUCAGAAUCCGUGGAAGGGGCUGGAACAGAGGCAGUUAUCAGGGAAACUGUAGUGACAACAUGGAAAACAUGGCAGUACACCCAAAAAAUGAAGACUGGGACCCAGAGUACACUCCCAAGAGCAGAAAAUACUACUUGCACGAUGACAGAGACGGGGAGACAGAGUCCAAGUGGGUGGACAACCGAGGGCGAGGACGGGGAAGCUUCUCGCGUGGAAGGGCACGAUUCAUCAUCCGCAAAGCCACUGGGGGCCCCAACACCAAUAGCCCCAAAUGGGCCCAUGACAAGUUCCAGGUCAAUGGGGAGCAAGGUGGCGCACAUGAGGAGGAGAAAGGACAGGACCAUAAAGAAGGCGAAAUCGAUGGAGAGAAUACUUGAGUAGUGAAGCAAUGUGCUGAAAAUCUUAAUUUUCUUCUGUGUUGUUAUGGGAUCUGUCUCAGUGAUUUUAUCCACCAAAAUGAAUUCAUAAAUGCAGAUUACAAUGUUUUAAGACUCUAUCACUAGGAAAACGUGUAAGCUUUCAUUUCAGCGUAGGCUACUCAUUCGGAUUUUCCACAUCAGGAUACAAAUUAUAACUAGUAGAAGCACUGUUUAAGGGUGAAUUGCUGUUUUUUGCUUUAUACAGUAAAGUGAAACUUUCAGUGUAGCAUUUUGGUAAUAUACACACUUUUCUCAUAGGAAUAAUUAAAAAAUGACUCCUUAAUGACAUUUGCAAUUUCAAGUAGCAAGAGAAAAUCACACCAUAGAUCACGUCAGCUUGUGCCUUAUACUUGUGGAAAUGAAGAAAUUUUUUGUGAGCAGCAAGCAAUAGUUGUAGAGGUAAAUGUAUUCAAAUCUUCAAUUUUCAACUAUGAGUUUUUUAAAAAGAAGGCUUGUUGUUUUGAGGUGUGUCUUGUCAGUUUGUUAAAAUGACAGCAAUAAGUACAGAGUAGUUCGUGUUGACGUAAAAACAUCCCUGUUUAACCAAUUGAGAACUCUACAAAUGACCCUGAUUAGACCAUGGGACCAACUGUAUGGGGGUCAAAGAUUUUACUCUGCAACAUAUUUACAAUACUAGCUGGCGGCACUGUUAGACUGUUAUUAAAUGUAAUAGGUUGUUCAUUAAACAUUUUGCUGUCAAAGAUAUCUAUACUUUACAGUAACUUUCUGAUCUUGGAUACCACUUAUCAAUGUGUGAUAUUAUUGGGGUUAUAAGUUUUCCUCCUAAGACACUCACUGUAGUUUUUGUACCUAGGCAGGGUUUUGACUUUGUCUGUAAAAGGAGAAUUUGUUGUUGUAAUUUGCUGUUUGAAAACUUUUUUCAGUCAAUGAUGAUUUAAUCAGUUAUGUAAAUCGUGUGCAAUUAUGUGAUAGAAGAGGCUCAAGAUUAGCAUUUGUUUGUAGUUUGUAAGGAACAGAGAUACAGGAUAGUUUGUAGGACCAGGAUUACAGUAAGGCUAAUCCUAGAAUAAGAAUGUUUGCCUAUCUCCAAUAUUCUUUUCUAGGAUGUCUAGGAUUAGGCUCAUGUCUUUUUGGCCAACUACCCAUACAACUGAAUUACACAAUUAUUGUGCCUUGCUGUGGGUGCGCUGGUCUCAUUUAUACAAUACAGGCCAACAGAAUUGUUUAAAGGUUACCUGCUUAAGGAAUAUUGCUUUUUUUAAAUAGAUGUUACAUUUCUUGGAGAUUGUAAAUUAAAGAGACACUGAUUACUUUAA